UCCACUCCACCGAAGCGAAGCGAAGCGAAGAGCGCACGCCACCUCCACAACUGGAAUUCUUCUCCCGUGGUCGGCCUCCUCCCCUCUCUACGGAAUGGCGUCAAGUGGAGGUGACCCGUCGGGAUUCAUUGGUCGUGGAGUAUGCAUGAUGAACACUUCGUGGAGAGACAAGCAACACCCGAACCUCAUCAACUUCAUCACUACAUUCCUCACUGCAAAUUCGUACCGCCUCAACUUUCUGUCAGUGUCUCCGGACUUCAUCUUCAACAAUGGGGGCUUAUCAGUUGCUUUUGUCUUUGAGACGAAUUGGGAUUGUGGAAAGGAAGCUGCUAUCUUUAGCAGGGUAAAUACACUGAAGAGGCAGUUCAAACAUCUUUAUGUUGUUGUCACCGUUCCCACAGCAGAGCAGAAUGAAUCCUUCAAUCAAUCAUAUUUCAAGUAUGGCAUGGAGCUUGGUUGUCCUACUUUUGUGCCUGUUCUUGACCCAGAGAUGGGAUUUGAGAAUAUUGUAAAGAUAGCUCAUGCUCGUGGAGUAUGGAAGCAGCAAGACAUUAUAUCAACAAUGAGGAAUGAGCGGGAGCAAGCAGUUCAGUGCAUGGAUGCAUUUUUACGAGUGCUCACCUCUAUUCCUGGUAUUGACAGUCACGAUGCAAAUGCUCUUGCCCAAGCUAUUGGCUCUAUUGAAGCAAUUGCAAAAGCAUCCAAGGGAUUUAUUCUAGAAAACACUGACCUUUCCACAGAAAAGGCAGAGAGGGUUGUCAGGUUCUUCAGGGAUCCACAGUACUACUUAAGCCCUAAAAUCAACUAAUGCUUACAGGCAAAGUCGAUUGGUUGUGAAUCUGUAAUCUGUAGCGAACUAACUGGGGGAGCUGCCAGACGCCAUUGCGCUCUGUUUCUGUCCUUUCUUGGCCCGCCCUGCACCCCCGUGGAAGGGAAGCUGUAAAUAUUUCUGCCGUAGCCAAGUAGCGUUACAGCGGAAGACCUGCAAGACAAAUGACUAGUGUCUCCGUUACUGUCCGGCCCAGUUGAUGAUAGAACCUGCGCACCCUGUUGCUCUGAACUCAUGCAUCGCUCACGUUUCGGUGUAAGCAUCCCACCCCGUAAUUCUCGUUUUGAAAAAAAAAAAAAAGAAGGGAUUUUUCUUGAGAAAGUGGUGUCUCAACUUCGACCAGUUUCCGAGUUCAAAACCGUACGUUGUUGUCCUGUGUGUGGUGAUAAAAACUGACCGGAGCAGCAAGAGUUGAGGCAAGGACAACAUGUCGCCGCCGCCGCCGGACGUUGAAUCCUCGGCCGGCGGAGGCGUGAAGGUUCGGGUGGUCGACGUCUGGGCGCACAACCAGGAAGCCGAGCAGGCUCGCAUCCUUGCCCGCGACUUCCCGAUCGUGGCCGUGGCAAUAUAUCUCAUCCACUUCCGUGUUGGAUAUCAGCUACCGCGCGUGAGUGACAAAUGUAAGAGAACUCAUCAAGGGUUAGCACUGCAUGCAGCUAGCACAAAUGUGAGAGAACUGAAACGAGAUAAGAUCACUAGAGCAGGAUAGACCGGCAAUUCAGCAAAAUCCAUCUCCACCAUCAGAUAUUGCAGUUAGUAUAUACGCGACAUCGAUGCACAACUCUCAGAUAUAUACAUGUAUGUACUUGAUCAGAACCAAUGUUAUUCCUAACGAACGAACAGCACUGCACAUCUGUACGUGCUCCUUAUUUGCAGAAAUCACA